AGUGUCGCAUACCUAAUUGAAUCGCCCGACUCCGAUUAAUUAUUGUUGUACGAAAAUGAUCUUUUUUUGAGAAGCAGCGCUCCAAUGAAUCUCACGCGGUAGUCUUUGGCAAUUCAUUCUAGAGAAUUCGUUACAUCCCAUCUCUAGAAUAUGAAAGCAUGUCUCAACACGCCUCGGAGCUUUGCGUCCUCUUAGUUGACGACAUAUACGGUCAGCUCUCUUCGAGAGUUUUUGCUACCCUUCUUCGCUACGGCCGCCUCAACUUACCCACCCUCGUUCAGCACACCCGUUUGAGCUCCCGACAGCUCAAGCAUGGCCUAGCAGUCUUGAUUCAACAGCAUCUGGUUCUGCACUACACCGCGCUUGAAGAAGGCAUCACCUACUAUGAGGCCGAUUGGAUGAACGCGUAUUCCCUUGUACGGGCUGGAAAGAUCAUUAAGUUGGCUGAAGAUAAAUUUGGCGAAGCAGCUGGAGGCAUCAUUUCAAAUCUUCUAUUGCUAGGCCACACCAGAGUAGGGGAUUUGAGCUCAGCUUAUGCUGCGGCUGCUGGCAAAGCGAAAUCUGCAAUCAACGGAGAGGUGUCGGAAGAUGCCACAGAAAACAAAGCAAAUGGCGUAACCAAGGAGCAUGAUAGCAACAGAGAUCGCUAUCCUCUCAUGACUCGCGGUCAGCUCCAUUCCUUAUUGCAGGAUCUUAUGAACGUCGGCUAUAUUGAAGAAGUACGGGAGGAACACUUUCGCCCACAUGCGGAUAAUUUCAAUGAAGCUGAGCGCCUCGUCAAACGUACGCAAUUUGGUGGUGAGAUCAGGGGAACGAAGCAAAAGGCAGAAUUUGACAAGGCGGUUUCAAAGAAACUGAAACAAUGGAGAGAUGGCGAUGGCUCUUCUGCCCCGAAAGGUGUUAAGCGCUCUCUUAAUGAUUCCGCUGGAGAUGGCCGUGGAAAACGUGCAAAGCUCUCCAGCUGUCGGUACGGAUUUGUGGAUCAAGAGGAGGACGAAGCGGAGGGAUCGGUGCUGUUGAAUGAUGAUCUAGUACUGCGAAUCAAUUACGACAAAUGCACUGUAGCUCUCCGAUCAAUGCGGCUUGUUGAACUUGCCAGAGAUGCAAUUGGGGAAACGACCUCAAAGGUAUACGCCGAGCUUCUCCAUAGACUUGAAGCAAAAAUACCACGAUGCCGAGAGUUUCUACCGGGCUUCGAGGAGGAUAGUGGGCCUGCGCAGACCAUAACGACGUUAGAGGUUUCAGCAACACUCGAUAAAACACUCGACUUAGCCUCUGCCAUUGGCUCUGCUCCUGAGGGCAGGUUUGGUACGCCCUCUGGGAAGAAGGGCGACGAGGCCGCUGAAGAUGCGAAUGACGAAGAAGGCGCUGAGGAUGAUGAUCACUGGGGCAAUGGGAAUGGAGAGGACCAUUGGGACGACGAUUCUGGAAUCAAGAUGGGGGAUGAAGACCAAGACGCGAAAGGCGAGGAUCGCAGGUACCGGAUGAGCGAGGUACAGCAGCACAUUAAAUUACUUGCUGAGGAUCCUCGGAAGUUUGUCCGCUACGUUAGCAACCGUGGACUCGGAGAGUGGGCUGUGGAUUUUGACAACCUAGCCAAGACACUCAUCCAAACCGAGUUGGAAAACACAAUUGCAGCUCGCUUCGGUAGAGUUGCUGCUCGUUUGGUCCGCGUGUUGUUGGACAAAGGAAAAUUAGAUGAGAAACAGGUGGCACAAAUAGGCAUGCUGCGGCAGAAGGAGAUUCGGUCCACUCUCACAGCAAUGCAAGAAGCAGGUCACAUUGAGCUUCAGGAAAUUCCGAGAGAUAACAAUCGCCAACCCAGCCGAACAAUGUUUCUGUGGUACUUUGAACCCGAGCGAUGCCGACAGCUGGUUCUACAAGAAACAUACAAGGCCAUGGCUCGAUGCUUGCAACGGGCACGGGAGGAAAAGAAGGAAGUACAAUUAGUCAUUGACAAAGCGGAGAGGUCUGAUGUUAUAGGGAAAGAAGACCGGUAUCUGAUGAAGGCCGAGAUUCAAGCCCUACAGCGUUGGAAGGACAAGGAGGAAAAGUUACUGGGUCAAGUAGGUCGGCUGGAUGCGUUAGUGGGAGUGCUGCGAGACUACUAAGCCUUUCUGCGAUCUGAAGUUUCGAUGCAGCGUGCAUUGCGCCGUGUUAUAUAGGAUUUUUGUUCUGUUUUUCUUGCAUGUCUCCGGCGUUUGGACAUAUCAUGGACGAGGAUCUUGUUAGCAUGUGUAUUUUCAUUUAGGCCUGCCUUAAAAAGCAUUGGAGCUCUUAAUGCUCUUUAGUUAUUCUUCGAGAUCUUGCGCGAGGAUUUGAAUCCUUCCUUGGGUCUUAUCGACAAAUAAAAUGAAAAGAAGUC